AUGGAAGCUCUCCUCUCUCAACUCACUUUCCUCUCAGAUCAAGCUUUACAAGGCAACAAGAAUUUCGAUCCAUCCGCCAUGGAAGACCUAAUGAAGCUUUUCGAGAUCGAAUCUUACAAAGCAUGGGCAGCUUUGGAGCUAGUGGAAGAAAAACAAGUGAAAGGAGCUGAAAUAACCAUGUCGAUAUUGAGUUUCGAUCAGAUGGGAUUAAAAGACGAUCUCUUCUGUGGAAUCUACAAUUACGGCUUUGAAAAGCCGUCGGCUAUUCAACAGAGAGCCGUUAUGCCAAUAAUCAAUGGCCGCGAUGUGAUUGCUCAAGCCCAAUCUGGUACCGAAAAAACUUCGAUGAUUGCUCUCACUGUUUGUCAAGUGGUCGACACCGCUAGCAGAGAAUAUGCUGAGGAACGAGCUAUUCCGAUCAAGGAGGUGUUUGAUGCUGAAGAAGUCUUCUGCACAGGAACAACUAUGGUUGUGAAGUCUGUUGCAAGUAUAACCUACCAAGGCAAAAGGAUCGAAUACAAGCUGGGAGCGAAACACUGGCUCUUGAAGAAAGCAGCAAUUGCAACACAAUGUGCAUGGAGAGGAAGAGUAGCUCGUAAAGAACUGCGGAAGCUUAAUAUGGCUGUUAGAGAGACGGGAGCUCUGCAAGUUGCAAAGAACAAACUGGAAAACCAAGUUGAGAAACUGACAUGGAGAUUACAACUGGAGAAACGGAUGAGGAAAGUGCAACAUGAGUUGUUGGUCACAUAUGCAAAUCGGCUACUUGAAAAGGAGCAUUAG